CUCAACUGGCCCUCAGUCAUUUAAACCCCGCAUUCCGCAGUUGUGCCUUUUCCUGGCGUCCAUUCCCCCACUCGCUGCUGCAACUGCAACUGCCCCCAGCGAAAAAAGGAGUGACUCACGGAACAAAAAUUCUCCAUCACUUCCGAGCCCUCGAUCCAGUCGGCGCGGCGCCGGAUCGAAUGCGGGAGGCGGAGGCCGCCGCCGCUUGAUCUGGUAUUUGAAGUGGACAAGGAGCAGAUACGAUCUAUAGAGGGUUGCUGUGCUUGUCGUUGUGGGCAAAAUGGAGGGGAGAGUUGCUGGCGACGUGGAGCUUGAUUCUGCAGUGUUCCAAGUGUCAUUGACCAAGAACAGGUAUGAGGCAAUUGCUUGUAAUGGAGAGAGUGCCGAAUCAGUAGCAUCUGGUCCUUUCGACCAACUAGUCCUGCACUUGGAAGAUGCCAAAAAUUUCCAAUCACGUUCAUCAAGUGGCUCUUUUAAGCUGUUAUUGGCUGGGGAUGCAAAAGGCUCUACCUGGUUCACAAAAUCCACCUUAGAGAGAUUUCUACAUAUCAUAAAUUCGCCUGAUGCAUCCAAAACGGCGAAUGGGAUUUUACAGGAAAUGUCUCAGCUGGAGGAAACUAGAAAGUUUCAUGAUUAUCUACAGUCCAAGGAACAACAAAAUCUUAUGGGUGGUGCUUUGACAGGUGGUCUCUCCAGCACCGUUGGCAAACCACAGCAGGGAAAUAUUGGCCCAAACUCCUCAGUGGCUACAAAGAACGAGUUACUUCGAGCACUGGAUUUGAGGCUAUCAGCACUGAAAGAAGAAAUCUUGGUAUUAUUGAGUCGAGCAGUUGGCUCUAAGUUGUUGAAUAAAGAAGUAUCAGAUUUGUCUGGUUUUGUUCAGCAUUUUGGGACAUCAGAGUUUAGUUGGUUGGUGAGGUGCCUACUGUUGAUCCGGGAUUGCCAGCCCUCUGUGCUACCCCCACACCAAGCUUCUACUGCUGAGAGAAAGGAUGAUGCACUUGAGACUCGUGAUAUCAGUUCCCAAACCAAUAUCCAAAGGCCUAUCACCAGUAAUGUUUCCCCAGCAAAGCUUGCACAAGUUGAACGUAAAAUGUCAAUGGAAAGCGACGAUUCCUCUGAGUCCACCGAUGAAGAUGAAGCUGUUGUUGAAAGAAGCCGCCCCCUUAUGAGAUCUGCUUCUCCUAGGAGGUCUGCUUCUCCAAUGCGAAGGGUUCAAAUUGGGAGAUCAGGAUCUCGUAGGUCAAUGCCAAUUGCCAUCAAGAGCCUAAGUUACUUCCCUCCUAGCCAGAGAGUUGCUUUGGAUAAAGAUGAUGAAAGCAGCUGCAAUGGUGAAACAGACCAGCCGCCAAGGAGAUCCGACAAUAAUGUAAGAAGAAUGAGCGUGCAAGAUGCGAUUAGCCUUUUCGAGAAGAAGCAGAAGGGUGAGAAUCUGGAUUCUGAAAGUAAGAAAGCCGGCUUGGUCGCGACCAAAUCUGUACUGCGUCGGUGGAGUUCAGGAAUGGGUGACUCUUUGAACAGCAAUACAUCGGGAGAAAAGACCUCAGAUUCUACCUCUCAAAGCAAAUCUAACAAUAUGGCAUCUGAUGCAGAGAAGAAUGAAGCUGAAUUACAGGCUGAGACAGAUGCAGCGCCAAACAGUGUAGUUGCACCUGAGGCAGGAAGUUACGAUGCUGAUGGCCAUGGCAUCACAGUGUCGGACAUGGAAAAUGUGGUCUCAUCCCACACUAACAUUUCUGCUGAACAAACACAUUCUGGGCAGGAGUCAAACAGUGAUAGGGCAAUGGCCUCUGCUGAGUGGAAUCGCCAGAAGGAAGCCGAACUUAAUCAGAUGUUAAUGAAAAUGAUGGAGGUCAUGCCUGGGAAGUUUGCAGGCGCCAAUGUAACUGCUACCGGGCUCAUUUCUGCAAGUGAGAAGAAAGGCGGACUUCAAAGAGAGAAGCGAGACACGAAGGUUCGAACAGAGAAAGGUGUAACGCGACCAGCAAAGGAGACGAGCACCAAGCUCUUGAAGGAAUCCGUUGGGCAGAACAGAGCAGCAGUUACCCCCAAGACUAGCAUCAUAACAGAGAAGCGCAACUCACCUAUUCCACAAAGGGCAAGGAGAAAUUCAUCACCUCCAGUCUUGCCAAAGGAAGUGAUCUCAAAGACACCAGCAAAAAAAAGUUCCCCCAAACCAUCACCUGCACCAGCUACCCGUAGUUCAUGGUCAGGAUCUUUGACUAAAGCAACUAGUAGUACUGCACAGAAAACUAAAAACUCUCCUGGAGCAGUUUCAACAUCGACACCAACUAGCCGGAGAAGGACCGCGACAGCAUCCUUGGCACCUCAGCCGAUUUCAAAGGUGGAGAAACCCCUUCCAGCAGUGAAGAACAAGAAGGAACCUGUGACUGCGACAAAGCCAGCCAUUAAGGGGCAGGAAGAUAAGAAGACAAGGACAGCAACAAAGCCGAGCAGAGUGGCAAAAAGUUCACCUGCAUCAGAAGAAAAAUCAAGUGCAAUGACAAAGUCAGGCAUGUAUAACAAGGUCCCAAAGAAAAGCAGUGUUGUACCAGUAGAACCCAAACCCGUGAAGAAAGCCACUGGGAUUAGUCAAGGUGUUGGUUCUGGUGCUGUUAAGAGUAAAGUGCCGCAGCUUGGUGAUUCUUCAAAGGGCAGUGGAAUUGUUACCCGUGCGGAAGAUAAGGAGCAAUCUCCUGUGACAACCGAGCCAACUACCAAGGUACCAGAGGCUGAUCUUGCUCAACCAGCACAUGAUGUUGAUGAAAAUUUAGAAAUUUCGAUCGAUAAUGACUUACAUGUUGAAAAAACAGAAAACCCGGGCUCGAGUUUAAGCGCAGCCGAAAUGGGCCCCAGUGACCAGGUUGAGCCCUCUGUCGUUGAGGUCAAACCUCUUGACGAGGACAUGGACAUCUCAUCAGCUGCCUGGGUUGAAGUGGAUCAUCAAGAAGUUACUGAUGUGGGUGAAAGCGUGACAGGCGAGGAUGUCACCUCGCCAGCAAUUGAACCAUUGCCGUCAUCAAGCCCAAGAAUCCGUCAUUCGUUGUCACAAAUGUUGCAAGCAGAUAGCAACGAACCAGAAAUAAUCGAGUGGGGAAAUGCUGAAAACCCACCCGCAAUAGUUUUUCAUAAAGAUUCUCCAAAAGGAUUCAAGAGACUUCUUAAAUUUGCUCGGAAAAACAAAGGAGACAACAACACUAAUGGUUUGGCCAGCCCAUCUGUGGUUUCUGAUGGAGAGGAUGAACAAGAAGAAUCCGGUGCUGGUGACGGUGUAAAUUCCAGCAGGAGAACUUUUGAUGGUUCCAAGACUAAUAGCAUCUUAUCAGCUCAAUCAACGGCCAGCAGCUUCAAUGCCACAGGCUCGGAUAGGCUACGGGACAGGCCUGGAGCUGCACCGUCAACUAAAGCAGCAUCAAGGUCAUUCUUCUCCCUCUCAAACUUCCGGAGCAGCAAAACCAACGAGUCAAAGCUUCGAUAGAUAGCAUGCGUUGUUAUACGUUAGAUGUAAAAAUGGAUUGAGGUGACUGAUUGUUGAGAACGGAGCCAGGUUGUUUGUGUCCGGUUCUGCUUUCCUGCUCUUCGAUAUUAGCUUCUCCUUAGCGGUCCGCAUAUCAUUACUUUGCUCAUGUCUUGCUGUACAUCUUUUAAGUAUUUUUCUGAGUUGUUUUAGAUGACCGGUA